AUGGCAGCUCAGAAUCAGCGCGAAGAUGUGCCCGAGAAGGUCCAACGCCAGACUGGGACCCUCGAGGAGCGGCGGAUUCGCGCUCUCGACCACCAGGACUCUUCAGCCGAGAGCGAGAGCAUGCCAUUCAUCGGGUCUGGUUUGGCGUCGAUGAACCGCGGAGGCGAUGUAUCACCCUCCUUGCAUCCUGCAACAAUCUCGGCAGACCCAAUCGGAUCUAUAUACAACGACAAGCCAACCGCAGCCAGGCCGCUUUGGAGGAUAUGGUGGCUCGAGAUUCUAUUCCUCGGACUCAGCCUCGCCCUGUUCGCUUCAAUUGUUAUUGUCCUCGCCAAAUUUGACCAACAGGGCUUGCCAGACUGGCCUCAAAGUAUCACUCUCAACACGUUCCUCGCGCUCUCCACCACGCUAUCCAAAGCAGCCUUCAUGGUCCCCGUCUCCAUAGCCAUCAGCCAGGCGAAAUGGACGUGGUUUCUCGAGGAGAGGCCGCUACACGACUUCUCCAUCCUGGAUCAAUCGAGUAGGGGGGUUUGGGGCUCUUUGAUCUUGCUCUGGCGCGUGCGAUUCCGGCAUUUCAUCGCCCUCGGGGCGCUUCUGACGAUCGCGGGCAUCCUGACUUCACCAGUGUCGCAGCUAGCCAUCCGCUAUCCCGUACGAGAUGUGGUGGCCCUGGGGGAGGAAGCGACCGCUAGGACCACCUGGCGCAUGAAAGCACAGGGAGAUGGAUUAUCACUCGCGACGACCUUGGCCAUGCGAAUGGCCCUGGCGGAGGAUACCACUAAUUUCAUGACACCAAUUUCUCCGCGUGCGACCGUCUGUUCCACCGGGAACUGCACCUUUGAUCAGUACCCGUCAUUGGGUGUGUGCAUGAAGACGACGAACAUAACCUCACUGCUGGAAAUCGAAAAAUUCGAGGAUCCGCCGGAGGGUACGUUGAUGAUGGGGAACGCUUUGGGCUCACUCGCUGUCCCAGGGCAAACAAUAUGGAACGUAUCACUCCCGGUCGGCAACAGAAUGGUACACCAAUCGCCGGCGUCGUUUUAUACGGACAUGCUGAACGGGAAUAACACCCUUGGGUUUGCAAACGACACGAACCUGCUUCAGACGAGAGUGGCCUCGUUUAUCAUCAUUCAUACCAUCCCCACUGAUGCCGCGAGCCUUGCCGACAUCGCUGCAAACAGGACCGUAGCAGGCUCUAUAUACGGGUUUAGGCACGAGGCUCACGAGUUUCUAUUCCACCUCUGCGUCCAGACAUACGAAACAGCAGUCCACGCAGGCUUGGAACAUACUCGCAUGGUCAGCGAAUUGGCGAUCCCAGUUGAGCCGACAGGUGAUGUUUUCCUAGAUAUAGACUGCGGAACCCUCCUUGGCGAUAUCGCUUAUGCGUGCAAGGGGAACGAGUCCCGGUGGGACGAGGUACUCGACCUCGAGAGGCCGGCUAGUAUAGCGACCAAGAAGGUAAACCGGACAGAUGAGGAAGCAGGUUUCAACAUCAAUUAUGCUGCCAUGGAAAGCAUGGCGUCACAGAUGAAAAGCGCCAUGGAAGGCUACGGAAGACUUUUACCUGACGAUACUAUGCAAGUCUUCGGUGGCGAUUUUCCCUUCGCCCUCCUCGACGAGGUGAUCCUUGACCUAGAACACCUGACAAACUCGACUCGCCUUCACACUCGCAUCACGAACAUGUAUAUGAAUGUCGCGAUAGCUCUAUCAUUCAUGAUGCGUGGCAAUAUACCCAAAGUUGGUGUGAGAGGUUCACACAACGUCACCGGGCAGGCGUGGAAAGAGGCUUCUUACGUUGACAUCUCGUGGGGAUGGGUCUCGUAUCUCGCAGUCGAGAUUAUUCUUGCCAUCGGGUUCGUAGCCGUCACGAUUUUUACGUCAACGGCGGGCGGCGACCGACUCCGGGAUCUCAAGGAAUCGUCCUUGGCGCCUCUUACCGCGCUGAGCCCGGAGUGUCGCUCAAUGAUGGGCGGUGAAAUCCAGCCCGCGGACGAGCUAGAGAGGAUAGCAAGAAGGCUGCGGGUGAAACUCUGGGAAAACGAGAUUGUUCCUAUCAAGGUUGAGGAGCCAUUAGCGUCAUCUCGGAGUCCAUCUUAG